AUGGAAGAAAUGAAGUCAGUGCCAUACAAGGAAGCAGUCGGGUGUUUGUCGUUUGCAGCUCAAGUCACCCGACCGGAUAUUGCUUUUGCCGUCAACGUUGUGAGCCAGUACAGUGCCAACCCUGGCCGUCCUCACUGGGAAGCGGUGAAGAGGAUAAUCCGGUACCUGAAAGGUACAAUAACCAAGAAGCUAGAGUACUCGACAAGCGGUCCAGCGGACAUAGUUGGGUACAGCGAUGCCGAUUGGGGAGGAGAUGCGGACGACCGGAAAUCCACAACCGGUUAUGUGUUCAUGAUGCAGGGAGGUGCGAUCUCGUGGAACGUCAAGAAGCAGCCUACCGUAGCCCUUUCGUCCUGUGAAGCGGAAUACAUGGCCAUGUCUCGCACGAUCCAGGAAGCUAUGUGGUGGAGUAAUCUGCAGUCGCAGUUUUGCGAGGCCAAACCGAUUUCCGUGUGCUGCGAUAAUCAAUCGGCAAUCAGCAUCGCCAACAACGGUUCGUAUAACCCCCGGACCAAGCACGUCAGUAUACGGUACCAUUUCGUGCAUGAUAGCCUGCAGCAUGGUGUCGUCCAACUGAGCUACACGUCGACAACGGAACAGCCAGCCGAUGGGUUCACGAAGCCGAUGACCGUUCAGAAGCAGCAGAAGUUUCGGAAGCUAACUGGCGUCGUGGAUUAG